GAACCAAGCAAGGUGGUUUUUCUUCUUUUACGACUGUGGAUUUUAUAGGCCCGCUGACAAUUUAAUUAUAAUUUUAUACAGUUUUAAUUUUCAUCCCUCCAGGAGUCAGCACACUUUUCAAAAGCACAGCCAGCGUCAUCGUCUUCAAGGACCCAACUUUAACAGAGAACCGAGAAAAAACUUUUUCAAACAGAAGAAAAUGCAUUUAACUUUCGUAGGGAUUUUGUUCGUUUGCCUCUCCUGCAGUGCAUCUGCAGUUCCAUGUGGGGGCUGGAAUUUCGACAAGACCCAUGACAUUAUUGUCACACAUCCUGUUCAAGAAGAAAUUAUUCUCUUGACAUUCGUGGAGGAUGGCCCAGGAGCUGGAGUUGGCGCCGCCAUUGCUGCUGCGGAUGAGAAUCCUGUGAAUCAAGUGCAAUCAGACAGUUUACCAACAACAGAUGACUCGGAUGACAAACAGAGUGGGGAAGUUGUGGAUUCAGCAGCAAAUAAAGGACUUCCUGCAAUUGCAAAAUAUGAUCCUUUGCCAUUAAAUAAAACACUUGAAGUUCUAAAGGAACAAACCGCCAAGACUGCAACAGAAACUCAUCUUGAAGAAGUAGGGUUAACCACAGAGCGUGGAAUUGAAACCGAGUGACUGGGUCUUAAAUAGUUCUGUGUGAAAACUUUUGAAUAAAAUCCUUCUUUUGAUUUUUGAACAAAUUUUCUG